AUGUCCUCGCAACAAAUACAGCCACUAAACAAAUUUUCCAGGCGCAAGAGGAAUGAUGAAUACACCCUUAGGCUCGAGGAGCAAAUACAAGUACUUACAGCGAAGCUGCAAGCUUUAGAAGAGCAACGAGGUGCUGAUUCUUCGGCUCGGGGAGAUGCAUCGACUGCUCGCAGCCCUAUUACAAACCCAUCUGGCGAACUGGCAUCCAAUGAUUGGGGAGAUUUUGAGAUGCAUUCCGCACCGGCAAUAGGGGAGAUCAGCCAGCUUAUGUGGAGGAUGAAGCUCGGAACCGAUGGCGAUGUCUCAUUUAUAGGGCCUUCCACGAACUUCCAUCUUUCGCAAAACGUAGAGGACAAUGCAGAAGGCCCGCUAAUCACAGUCCGCAACAAUCAAUUAAGUGGGUCCUAG